AUAAAAGUUCUUUCAAGAAACUCGAUUAAGUCGGUCUAUUGCUAGGAGUUUUCAGAUUUGUGCUAUUUUUCCUUGAUAAAAAACGUGAAUACCUUGAGAAUAUAACCUAGAUUAGAGACAAUGGCCAAAUGGGGAGAAGGUGAUCCCCGGUGGAUAGUAGAGGAGCGCCCCGAUGCUACGAAUGUGAACAAUUGGCAUUGGACGGAGAAAAAUGCCACUCCAUGGUCCAAGGAGAAACUCCGGGCACUUCUGCAGGAUUUUGUGGUGGAUGAGGGAAGUGCUAAGGUGACAGUCACAGAAAUUGAGAAGCUAGAGGGUGAAUCGUCAGCCAAUAAUCGGAAAGGCAAGCUCAUCUUUUUCUACGAGUGGAACAUCGUGGCCAAGUGGAAGGGGCAAUUGCCGGGUGAGGAGUCUUCAGUCACCGGAAAGAUCACCAUUCCUAAUCUGUCAGAGGAGAAUGAUCUCAAAGAUAUCGAUGUGCUUGUGACUGUGGAUGAGAAUGAUUCGCAAUCGGAACAACUGAAGCAGUUCAUGUACAAUGUGGGCAGAGAGAAGAUCCGGGAAUUGCUGGGAGUGUAUGUCCGGGAACUGAGAGAGGAAUUUUCCAAAGGGAUGAUCCUGCCCAAGAAGGACGGUAGCAACCCACCAAAAGUCGAUGCUGUGUCUAACAUCAAGAGUGGCUUCAACAAGAAGAUUAAUAUUGAACCUGUGGUUAAUACUCAGGCGUCCAAGGGUUCUGUUGGGCACAAAAUCAAUGUGGUCACCAUAACAUCAUCGGAGAAUUUCCAGUGCCAGGCGAAUGCACUCUAUGAUGCUCUCACGCGAGUUGAAAUGGUCACGGCCUUCACCAGGGCCCAUGUUAAAAUGGACCCGGUACCUGGAGGAGAUUUCGCCUAUUUUGGUGGAAAUGUGAGUGGUAAAUUCCAAGAAUUGGUCCCUAGUAAACGUAUAAAACAAACUUGGAGACUCAAACAGUGGCCAGAGGGGCAUUUUUCGACGGUUCUCAUGGAAAUUGAGGAGAAGGAAGAUCAUUCAGUUCUUACAUUGACACAAACGGGUGUUCCGGCUGCCGAAGAAGAAGCUACACGAAACAAUUGGAAACGCUACUAUUGGGAUAGUAUUAAACAAACUUUUGGAUUCGGAAGCUUUUUAGGGUAAAUCGUAUUGAAUUAAAGUUUUUUCUCCUUCUUUAAAUUAUGAAAUGUGGAAAGAGAAAUAGGAUAAAUAUUGUCGAUUUGCAAAAGAUUAUUUAAAAAUAUGUUUCUCCCGGAAAAAAAAAACAAUUAGUGAAAUUUUGUACACCAAUUCCAACAGAAACGCUUCGUAAUGAUUUUUUUAAAAUCAAAUUUACUGUUUUUCAUUUUAAGCUGAAUCACAAAUUAGUAAAUUCAAUUAAAUUCAGUUAAUUUUUGCAAUUAAAAUGAGCGAUUUAAUUUUGGGAAGAUUAUGACAAUUUGUAUAAAAUGAAAAUGCUGUGGUUUUAUCAUAAAAUAAUUUAAUGGUGACUUAUCGACUUGAAACAUCCAAAACUGUUGCUAAAAAUUAGUCUAGCGAAUAUUUCAAUCAACAAUUGAUACCUUUGUCUCAUGUUUCGACAGUGAACGAAAA